AUGACUGAUAUUUACAAAAAGUGCCCAGAGAAAAUAGUAAGUUCGCUGAGUGCCGCAACUUCAUUCAACAACGAGCUGUGUAGUGUGCAUUUCUGCGAUGCAAUCAUACAUUUCGAUAAAGAUCUGCGACAAACGGUCAUCGUUGAAGGAAUUCUGCGGAAAGAGAGCUGGAGUGUAACACCCAGAUGUUGCUUUACGGGCAGGAUUUUGAGACAAAAGGAGGGGAACAAGGAUACAAGUUCGGAGCUCGAGACAAGAAAGGGAGCAGCAGUGAAGAAGAAGGCACAGCAUAGCACUACAAAGACAAAUCAAUAUGACACUUUGGAUUUGGCUCGAAUUGUAGUGCCGAAACCAUUUGUAAAUGGUAUGUAA